UAAUUUACAUGCAUAUCCGUGUUUAUGUCAGUACAAAAGUAUGUAAAACGUAACAUUUCAUUUUUGAUAUAAGUAAUUUACAUGAUAACUAUUUAUUUAUUUUAUAUACAGUAAAAAAUUAUACAAAAUCUAUCAUUAAUUUAUCAUUGAGAAAUAAUUUCAUUCGACUUAUAAGAAACAUAAGUUAAUGAAAAAGUUUUAUGUUUUAAGUGGGAGAAUAAAAAGAAUUGUUAAAUACUAUUAAAAUGGACGAUGAAACAUUAAACAAACUUGCAGUUGAGGCAUUAUUAGAAGAAGCAAAGCUUGGAGCAAAAAGGGCAGAAAUAAUGGGUCCUAGCGGAUGGAUAAAACCAAAAGAAUCUAUUAAUAAAAGAUUUCUUCACUCCACAUUACGUAAUGUUGUUCUUUCAAAUAAGUAUCAAUUAAAGAGAAAAAGUGACAAACAACUGCGUAUAUCUGAGAAUACAUUGAAGUAAUUUCUUUCCUUUGCUAUUUGUAUGUUAAAUUGCUUGCAAAAUUUUUUGUUUUUCUUCUGUUAAUUCAGUUAAUUAAAUUAUUCCAAUAGAAUUGAAACCUGCAUUAUUCGUCUAUUGUAAGUUUCAUUAAAUUAUAUAGAUUUAGAACAAAUGAUAUUCAUUUAAUUAAGUAA